AUGACAAAUCCGCCGCAGUCGAAGAUCAUUAAGGAGAAUCCUAUUGGUAAAGGCCUUGAUGCCUUCCGCGCCUCCUUCCAUUCGGUCUGCGAAGGCGCAAGCCUCCCUACUCUCAGCCGAGAAGACCUCCAAAACCUUACCCUUAUCCUUCUCUCGACUCUACAGAUCCUUCCGGCAUCUCGCCUGCUCCGUUCCAGCGGCAGUGGCAAGAACCUCUUCAGCGAUCUAUCGAGACUCAACUCCGCCGUCAACUCCGACAACUUCGACCUCGAUAGCAUCAAACCCCUCCUCAGGUCGGCCAUUGCCGACGAUAACGAUGCCCUCAUCUGGAAAGAAGUCUACAACGCGGUCACCGAACCUACCCCACCGCCCCAGCCCAUAGCCUCCUCCCUUCAGCAAACCCCGUGGCUUCACAAUACGAGCAGCUUCGCGAACUCCUCCGAAUACCGUAAGGAUGUGGACAGAGUCCUCAGGGAUGAAUUGGGCGUUAUGUACGUCGGGCUCCCUCGAUUCCACGAGACAUUUUUCGGGCGGGUGGCAGAUCUCACGACAGCAUCCGAGGCUGUCUUCAAGAAGCGCAUGGGGGGCGGCGAACCACUCUUCAGUAAUGGGUGGAGCGGAUGGCCAAAAGAUGCAAACCAGGACGACGUAUUGAGCUGGUUUGCAGAGCUGAGCGAGAAGCUGGCGACGCUUGCAGAAGAUUACAAGUCUAUCCCGACACAUCGACGAAGGCCACUAGCACAGCCCAACAAGCCAAUCCAGGGCUCCACCGCGGAACGCAAGUUGGACGUCGGCUUCGUGGACAACCCAAAGGCCGGGAAGGACUCACGAUGCCACUGGUCACAAAUCCUGGUACCAGGCGAGCUAAAAAGCAACCCAGCCGCCGACACGGCGGCGAAGGCGUGGCUAGACCUUGGCACGGAAGUCCUCGCCGCUCAAGACAUUCGUCGCUUUGUUUUGGGCUUCACCAUCUGCGGAUCUUUCAUGAGGAUAUGGGAGUUUGAUAGGCUUGGGGGCCUCGCAUCCGAGCGGUUCGACAUCAACGAAGAUGGGCUGCGGUUUGUGUCUACGGUCCUCGGGUUUCUCUGGAUGAAUGAAGAGGAGCUCGGCUUCGAUCCAACAUUUACAGCGGCCAACGGCCAGCGGUUCAUCGAGAUCGAGCGGAACGGCUCGAAGGAACGCCUCAUCAUUGACGAGGUGAUGCAACGUGCACGUUGCGUUGCCGCUCAUCGCGAAGGGCAGCCACAGAUACCGCUCGUCAUCAAAGAUUCAUGGCAGUAUCCGGAACGCGGCGCAUUAUUGCGCGAGGUGACCAGCAAAGGCGUCAUCAACAUCGCCAGACACUAUUACCACGAAACGGUUCAGAUAUAUGGAACGGAUGACGACGUCCGAAACGUCCGAGGAGGACUAGACGUCACCAGUGCCACGAACUACCGGCCGGAACGGUCAGCCCCCCCGUCGAGUACGAUGGCCUCAGUUUCGCGAAAAGGCCGCAGCAGCAGUGUAGCUGCUGGCAAGAAACGAUCGUCCAGUCAAGCCGGCGCCCCUCUGCCACACAGCAAGCGGUCUUGCUCGACAUCUCAAGCCAGCGGCAAUCUGUCAAAUCGGGUGCAUCGUCGUGUCAUUCUUCGCGACUAUGGAACUCCUAUCUACAAGGCCAGCUCCCGAACGUCUCUGCUUGCCGCGCUUGACGGCUGCAUUGAAGGGCAUGAAUCCCUACGCAAGGCCGGCAUCCUGCACAGAGACAUCUCUAUCAAUAACCUCUUGAUCAACGAGGACGUCAAUAAUCCCUCCUGGCCUUCCCUUUUGAUUGACCUGGAUCUCGCCAUCAAAGAGCAACGAGAGGGCGUGUCGGGAGCCAAAGGGAAGACUGGCACGAGGGCAUUCAUGGCAAUCGGGGCGCUUCUAGGCGAGCAGCAUUCCUUCAUGCACGAUCUCGAGUCAUUCUUUUGGGUGUUGUUCUGGAUAUGCAUCCAUUGUAAAGGGCCGGACGAGCACAGGGUCGUCGCACGGUUCGACAAGUGGAAUUACAUCGACACAGAGGAGUUGGCGGAGCAGAAGAAAGGGCAAGUAUCUCAUGAGGGGGACUUCAUCAGGACCGCUAAGGAGAAUUUUACUCCUUAUUAUCAACCAUUGAUACCUUGGGUCAACCGGUUACGGAAAGCUGUAUUUCCAAAUGGUGGGAGGUGGGAGAGAGAGGACGGAGGGCUAUAUAUUCGGAUGCGGCAGAUCCUUCAGGAAGCCCAAAAGGAUCCGACUACCUAAGCAAGAGCCAGGCAACCUAGUAUUUGUGUAACUACCUUGCUU